GCAAUAAAAAUCUGACACACACACACUCUCUCUCUCUUAUGCAAAAGACAGACUCUCUCUUUCCUCUGGUGCUUCACUUUUUCACUAUUGAUAUAAAAAAAGGCAGCCAAAAAUAAUGGCGGUUGUGUGUUCAUUUCUUUCAUUGAGCGAAUAGAGAGACUGAGAGAGACAGAGGGGGAAAACAAUAGCCCAAACCCAUAAAUACCCACUUCAUUUUAUGUGUAUAAACAUGCAAUGAUUCUCUGUGUCAGAGGUUUAAAAUCUCUUGAAACAGUCAUUGGUUCCAUGGCCAUGUAGCUUCAAGUUGCUUUUCAAACUACAUAAUACGCGAGUCUCCAUAUCUAAGUACUCGAACGUUUGCAGUGUUUCGUGGUGGUGUUGGGUUCCUAGCUUGGAGAUCUACUUCUCUGUUUGGUUGUCAGGCAGUCUCUGGUACUUCCAAGCUGAGAUCUACUACUCUUCUACCCGAUUUUGGCUUGAGUGCGUUAUUGGGUUUCUCCUUUUGAUACUUAAUUGUUGACUGUGAAACCCCAAUUACAACUUGACAAGUGAUUUGGGUCUGUAGAGCUAAAAUGUGGAGGUCCACUUGGUGAGGAUUUUGUGGAACAAAGAUUUCUGAUUGUAUACUACAGGUGCUGCUUGGGUGGGGGGUCAUGAUAAGUGGGAGCUCAUGAGGUCAAAGUCAAUCGUGUUUUGCAGCAAAACUGGCUUCGGUUGAGGAUUUGUCCUGGGUUUCACAUUUAUCUUUGUUGUUUGUACCUGAAUCUCCGUGAAGUAUAUAUCACAUGCUACGGGGGGUUUCCUUUCUUUGUUCCCUUUGAUGGGUAUAUGAUAGAAUUUCUCAAUUGGGUUUGGUUGUCGAAGGGAAGGGAGUGGUGGAGUCAUGGUGUUCUGGGGAGUAGAAGCAGCAAAGAUGGGGGUUGUUAAGGGGUUUGUUCGGUGUAUUAUGGUGCCUGCUUGAAAAGCUUCCACUUGGGAUUUGAGAGUAAUUCUGUAUUAAUCUCUUCAAAAUGAGGCUGUCAUCAGCUGGUUUUAAUCCUCAACCCGAAGAAGGGGAGAAGAGGGUUUUGAACUCUGAACUAUGGCACGCUUGUGCUGGCCCUCUUGUUUCUCUUCCAGCUCUUGGUAGCCGUGUUGUUUACUUCCCACAAGGUCACAGUGAGCAGGUUGCUGCCACGACCAACAUGGAAGUGAAUGCUCACAUCCCUAACUAUCCAAGCUUACCUCCACAACUUAUAUGCCAGCUUCAUGAUGUUACAAUGCAUGCAGAUGUUGAAACAGAUGAAGUAUAUGCACAGAUGACAUUGCAACCACUGAGUCCGCAAGAGCAGAAGGAAGCCUACCUUCCAGCAGAGUUGGGUAUCCCCAGCAAACAGCCAACAAAUUAUUUUUGUAAAACAUUGACCGCCAGUGAUACCAGUACUCAUGGAGGAUUCUCUGUCCCUCGGCGGGCAGCUGAAAAAGUUUUUCCUCCUUUGGAUUUCUCUAUGCAGCCUCCUGCUCAAGAGUUGAUUGCCAGGGAUCUUCAUGAUAAUGAGUGGAAAUUCCGGCACAUCUUUCGUGGCCAACCCAAAAGGCACCUUCUCACAACAGGUUGGAGUGUGUUUGUUAGUGCUAAAAGACUUAUUGCUGGUGAUUCGGUGCUCUUUAUCUGGAAUGAAAAGAAUCAGCUACUUCUUGGUAUUCGACGUGCUAAUCGUCCACAAACUGUUAUGCCGUCGUCAGUUUUAUCAAGCGAUAGCAUGCACUUGGGGCUUCUUGCUGCUGCAGCUCAUGCAGCUACAACAAAUAGCCGCUUCACCAUAUUUUAUAACCCAAGGGCUAGCCCAUCGGAAUUUGUCAUACCGUUGGUCAAGUAUGUUAAAGCGGUCUAUCAUACCCGUGUCUCUGUUGGCAUGCGCUUUAGGAUGCUUUUUGAAACAGAAGAAUCAAGUGUUCGUCGCUACAUGGGCACCAUAACUGGUAUAGGAGACUUAGAACCUACUCGCUGGCCAAGCUCACACUGGCGCUCAGUCAAGGUUGGCUGGGAUGAGUCCACGGCAGGGGAAAGGCAGCCAAGAGUUUCACUGUGGGAGAUUGAACCUUUAACAACCUUCCCGAUGUAUCCAUCUCCAUUUUCUGUCAGGUUUAAACGACCAUGGCCACCAGGACUGCCCUCAUUUAGUGGCAUCAGGGAUGAUGAUCUAGGAAUGAAUUCUCCCCUUAUGUGGGUCAGAGGAGAUGGAGAUCGUGGUGGAAUCCAAUCUAUGAACUUACAGGGAAUCGGAAUGUCACCAUGGAUGCAGCCUAGGCUUGAUGCUUCCAUUCUUGGUCUGCAACCUGACAUGUACCAGGCUAUGGCUGCAGCAGCACUUCAAGAGAUAAGGUCCGUAGAUCCUGCGAAACUGACACCUGCAUCCCUUCUGCAAUACCAGAUGCCGCAUAAUCUUGCUGGGAGGAAUGCCGCUUUAAUUCAGCCCCAAGUGCAGCAGUCUCAGCCUCAACAGGUCUUCCUUCAACGUGUUCCGGAAAAUCAGCAGCCUCUCUCUCAGUCUGAGGUUCAAAUUCGGUCACAAAUCCUUCAUCAACAAGCGCAGCAUCAGCAUGAACUGAAUAAUCGACAGCAGCAGCAAGAGCCACUGCCUCUGCCACUACCCCAGCAACUGGCUGACAAUCCACAGAUUUCAAAUACUGUCUCUGCAAUUUCUCAGUUUGCUUCUCAAUCUCAGUCACCAGCAUUGCAAGUUGUCUCUUCACUUUCUCAACAGCAGAGUUUCUCUGGUUCAACAGGGAACCUUAUGACUAAUGUUUCUCCGCUGCAAAGUCUAUUGGGUUCGUUUCCACAGGAUGUAUCAUCUCACAUGCUCAACAUGCCUAGAACAAACCCACUGAUAGCUUCUGGUACCUGGCCAUCAAAGAGAGCUGCGAUUGAACCUACUAUUUCUUCUGGAGCUCCUUCAUGUAAUAUGCCCCAGGUGGAAGAGUUGGGGCCACCCCAGACAAAUGUCUCUCAGAACUCUGUUACACUGCCUCCUUUUCCUGGCAGGGAGUGUUUGAUAGACCAAGAUGGGAGCACCGAUACGCAGAGCCAUCUUUUAUUUGGUGUCAAUAUUGAGCCUUCAUCUCUGUUUAUGCAGAAUGGAAUGGCAAGCCUUCGUGGAGCUGGCAGCAAUAAUGACUCCGGAACUAUACCCUUUGCUUCCAAUUAUAUGAGUAAUGCAGGGCCUGAUUUUUCUCUCAAUGCGGCAAUGACUCCUUCAGGUUGCAUUGUUGAAUCAGGUGUGCUGGAGUCCUCAGAAAAUGUUGGUCAAGAGAAUUCACAAAGUAAUACCUUUGUCAAGGUCUACAAGUCGGGGUCCUUUGGAAGGUCACUGGAUAUCACCAAAUUUAGCAGCUACCAUGAGCUACGCAGUGAGCUUGCACGUAUGUUUGGCCUUGAAGGCCAGUUGGAGGACCCCCUGAGAUCAGGCUGGCAGCUUGUAUUCGUUGACCGGGAGAAUGAUGUUCUUCUACUUGGCGACGACCCCUGGCCGGAGUUCGUAAACAGUGUGUGGUGUAUCAAGAUACUUUCGCCACAAGAAGUGCAGCAAAUGGGCAAGCAUGGCUUGGAGCUUCUGAAAUCUGCCCCAAUCCAACGGCUUUCUAAUGGCAUCUGCGAUAACUAUAUGAGCCAUCAAGAUUCUAGAAAUCUGAACUCUGGUAUAACCUCUGUGGGGUCUAUAGAAUACUGAACAACUUGAGCAGUUUAGCAAUCAUAUGCUCGCUUUGUAAUAUUGUUGGCUCUUCAAAACUUCUUUAUAGGUAAAAAGGGCUACUCCGUUGCUACUUAUCAUAAUAUACACUCUUACUACUGUAAUUAGAUGGUAUCUCUUUUCCAAAUCUACGAUACUGAAACACAUGUAUCAUCCGUAUUUUGUUAGGAUUCCAGGUUUCUUUAGAUAUAGUUGCUUGUUUCUCUUCCUGUUCUGUCAAAUUUAUGAUGAACUGAAAGCUAUGGGGACUGAACAUGAUGUUUGAACAUGGCACAUUUGGGAGAUCAGAUCCCAUUUGAUGGUUUUUUAAUGGAACAAGGUAUGGAAAACAUCUUGAUUAUUCUCUUAGAUUAGUAGAUACAUGAACAACAAGGCUUUGUUUUGUAAACGAGCUGAGUUUGAAUGUACGUGAACACUCUAUUAAUG